CUGUGCGUGCCCGCUAGGCGGUGCUCGGCGCCGCAGCUCCGCCGCUUCGAGCCUCUUGCCGAGGGAGGCUCGGGGAGCGCCCUGGGGAAGCGCGCUCAGUAGCUGUGCUGCCUGCCACCAUGAGUCGGGGAGUUCCGCCGCCGCUUCUCCUGGGCGCCGAGGAGGUGCAGAAGCAUUUCCCCCCCGCCAGCCUGCUCGUCCCCGCCCUGGAAGCCGCCCUGGCGAAUUUCUCCAGCGGCCCCGAGGGAGGAGUCGUCCAGCCUGUGCGCGCCGUGGUCCCUAUCCAGAAGUACAGCGGGUUUUUAGGAGUCAUGCCCGCGUACAGUGAAAAGGAUGAUGCAUUGACCACCAAGCUGGUGACUUUUUAUGAGCACCUAAAAGAUCCUUCUGUGCCUUCCCACCAAGCAACUGUGCUCCUACUUGAUCCUGCCAAUGGGACUCUAAAAGCUGUCAUGGAUGGCGGCGUCAUUACGGCCAAGCGAACAGCUGCAGUGUCCGCAAUAGCCACCAAGUUCUUGAUGCCAGCCGCUUCUGAAGUCCUCUGCAUCCUCGGGGCUGGCGUUCAAGCCCAGAGCCAUUAUGAGAUCUUCAUGGAGCUGUUCUCAUUUAAGGAGGUGAGAAUCUGGAAUCGCACUAAGCAGAAUGCGGAGAAGUUUGCCCACUCAGUGGCAGGGCAGGUUCAAGUCUGCCCUACUGUCCAGGAGGCUGUCGCUGGGGCAGAUGUGAUCAUCACAGUCACUAUGGCAACAAAACCAAUUUUAUACGGAGAAUGGGUGAAACCUGGGGCCCAUAUCAAUGCUGUUGGAGCGAGCAGGCCCGACUGGCGGGAGCUGGAUGACGACAUGAUGAGGAGCUCCGUGCUGUACGUGGAUUCUAAAGAAGCUGCUAUGCACGAAUCUGGAGAUGUUAUUUUAUCCGGGGCAAAGAUUUAUGCUGAACUGGGAGAGGUGGUGUUGGGAACAAAACCAGCCCUGCGUGAGAAAACAACUGUGUUCAAGUCCCUGGGGAUGGCCGUUGAAGACACGGUCUCUGCAAAGAUGGUCUUUGAUUCCUGGUUGGCGGGCAGCUGAAAGGAAGAGCUGUGGGAGAACCCAGCAAAUCAGCUUUGUCAGCUGGUAGCUAAACUACAAUUUCUUGAUGAGAAGAGUUGAGCAUCUUAUUAAUGGCUGUAACCUUUGCUUCUUUUUUAAAAAUGUCUUUGCCUUGAGGAAAAUUAAUAGCCCCCCCCCUUAGGAAAGAAUUGAAUUGCUUUUGUAACAAUAGACACAAUUUCUUUUUCUGUAUAGUUUGGUAGGUACUCACCUUUUGUCCUUUCUGUGGCUUAAAGCGGUACAGAUCUUAACCCCUUUAAGAGGUCGUUGUGAUUUGAGGGAAAGAUGUCAGCUGAAGGGUGAAUUUAUUUAAACAGGCUUAAAGGAUGUGACAUGGAAAAGUCAGGUGCAUUUGGGGAUGGCGCUAUGACAGCCCCUGAAGAAUGUGACGAUGUUGCAAGACCAAGUGGGAUGCUUGAACUCAAUUCCCUUGCCCCAAAUGAGAGACUGCUGACAUAGCAAUGCAUUUUCUCCAGUAUGAUAGAAAACUGGGCUUGCCAACUGGAAGUAUGCCCUUGGCCUGAGUUCUCCAGUGCCAAAAAGGCUGGAGGUACAGUUGAUGACUUCCAACAUUGUCUCAGAGGAUGAUACAUAUUUGGGGAAAAACAACUACGAUGCCCUUCUGCCUUAGCCAAAUUUCACCAACACAGAUUGAGUGUUUGUGUGGUUGUACCUAUACCUCUCCUCUCUCACAUAACCCACAAGCCACUAAAUCUCAGUUCCUCUGAUUAUCAUUUCUUGAAUCUCGUAAGAGAGAAAUGAGCUGGGAAAGGCAGGGGGUUGGGAAUGCAAAAACAGCCCCAAGUGCAGAGUGGUUUGACCUAACCAGGGCAGCAGUGUUUGGCCAUCUUUGGGUGGUUAAAAUGGUGUUUCUGUUGUUCACUUUUUGCAUUAUGAUAGAGGGUGGCUCUUUGCAUGACUUCAAAGCACUGGAAAAAUAGUGCAAAAAUUGCUUUUGGGGAACUCAAUCAGAGGAGCCAGUUGUAGGGCAGAGUUUCAGACUUAACACUGCAAUCCACUCCAGUUGAAGCUCAUUGAAAUCAAUGGGCUUAGACUGGAGUAACUGUUUUUGGGAAGGUGCUGUAAAUGACCCUCCCCAUGAAUUUCAGGCAUAUUCGGGCCUAGAUUUGGCUAACCAGGUGUGGAUUUUUGCUGAGGCGGCAGCUUGUGUGCAUUGUGUGAAUGAGAUCUGCAUUCAGCCACAAUUCCAGUGGAGAAGUUAACUAUUUUCUUAAUCAAAAGUUGCCCUUCCACAAAAAAGGCCCUGAUUUAUUACUUGGUUGGGGGGAUGAUUUACUCUAAAGGUAGGGAUGGCUAACAUAACUCACUGAAUGUUUUUUUUGUGGCUACAGGGUAGUCUCAGCUGAAACUGCUUCAAGUUGCCUAUUAGGUUCCCCUUGUAAUUCCAUUGGAAAAGUUGCCCCCGAGUUUGCUCAGAGAAUAAAACUAUUCACAUGAGAACUUCUGCACCAAGUUUUAUUGUUCCAGUGGUACACAAGCUUCCAUGUUGCACAGAAACUAUCUUUCCAAGGUUAACAAUUCCAUGCCAUAUAAGUGCUUUUGCUGCUCUUCUCGAGGAACACUGAACAUGAAACUGCCUCAUACUGAUUCAGACCCUGGGUCCAUCCAGGGCAGUUCCAGUAGCUGUCCAGGGUCUCAGGUAGAGGUCUUUCACAUUGCCUACUACCUGAUGGUCUUAACUGGACGACUGGGGAUUGAACCUGUGUCCUCCUGCGUGUCAACGAGAUGCUCUCUCACUGAGCCACUGCCCCUCCCCCACAUUUUAUGUCAUUGUAAUAUCUCUGCAAUGUUGCUGCUUUAAAAACAACAACCCAUCUUCUAGAACUACUUUAAAUGGGGGUAGGCAGGCAUAACAGCCAGCUAGCUUUUUUGUCUAAUUUGGGCUUAAAGCAGACCAAAGAGGGACAUUUUUUAUUCAGGAAAUGUCAUGGGGGAGUGUACCUUGCCUUCCCAAUGUCACAGCUCAUUCCAUGAUCUGCCCCACAGCAUCUUUUAUUCAGCUAAAUUACAUGUUUAGGAAUCCAAGAUCAAUCCCCCAACAUAAGAGCUUGGAGUAAACAUUAGCUGAUGUACUUUAAGUAGAGUGUCAUUCCAUAGUUGAUUAAUUGUAUGAAUUGCAAUUGAUUGCUGAAAACUGCUUACAUUUGCCUAUGAAUAAAGCAACACUUUGCAAGAAA